GAAACUUCCGGCGCAGUCUUUUCCCACCAUUCCUCGUUUACUUCCGGGUUUAUUACUACUGAAGGCAGAACGUGAAUAGGCGAGAUCAGAAAAGGGAGCUCAGGUACCUUCCAGAGAGUGAGACGCAGCGCCCUUGUCUCGCUCCCCGUAGGCUUUCAUCCCUGCCAUGGCGGAGCUGAUCCAGAAGAAGCUGCAGGGAGAAGUGGAGAAAUAUCAACAGCUACAGAAGGACUUGAGUAAAUCCAUGUCGGGGAGGCAGAAACUUGAAGCACAACUAACAGAAAAUAAUAUCGUGAAAGAGGAACUGGCCCUGCUGGAUGGGUCCAACGUGGUCUUUAAACUUCUGGGUCCGGUGCUAGUCAAACAGGAGCUGGGGGAGGCUCGGGCCACAGUAGGGAAGAGGCUGGACUAUAUCACAGCUGAAAUUAAGCGAUACGAAUCCCAGCUCCGGGAUCUUGAGCGGCAGUCAGAGCAACAGAGGGAGACCCUUGCUCAGCUGCAGCAGGAGUUCCAGCGGGCCCAGGCGGCAAAGGCAGGGGCUCCUGGCAAGGCCUGACCCCAUGGUGGGGGGAGGGGAGGGGAGGGGAGGGAAUGAGGCAGCUCUAGGAUCUAUACUGUAGCUAAUAAAAUGUAAAAACACCUGG